GUUUCCUCCCAAAAAGAAAAAAAAGUUAGAUGAGAAAUCAAUCUCCUGACAACCAAAGAGACCUGUGACAGGAAACCAUAUAUCAUCAUUAUCAAACUUUCCAAAUCUUGCAGCAAACCGUAGGAAAGAGCCAUGGGAGAAGAAGCUAUAGUUCUGUAUCCAGCACCACCGAUAGGUCACUUAGUGUCCAUGGUUGAGUUAGGCAAAACCAUCCUCUCCAAAAACCCAUCUCUCUCCAUCCACAUCAUCUUAGUUCCACCGCCUUAUCAACCUGAAUCAACCGCCUCUUACAUCGCAUCCGUCUCCUCCUCAUUCCCUUCAAUAACCUUCCACCAUCUCCCCGCCGUCACACCGUACUCUUCCUCCUCCCCAACCUCUCGCCACCACAUGGAGUCACUCCUCCUAGAAAUCCUCUGUUUCAGCAACCCAAAUGUCCACCGAACCCUUUUCUCACUCUCUCAGAACUUCAACAUCCGUGCAAUGAUCAUCGAUUUCUUCUGCACCGCUGUUCUAGACAUAACCGCCGAUUUGGCCUUCCCGGUUUACUACUUCUUCACCUCUGGAGCCACUUGUCUCGCCUUCUCCCUCUAUUUCCCGACCAUCCAUGAAACAACCCCCGGAAAAAACCUUAUAGACAUCCCUCAGCUUCAUAUCCCCGGCGUUCCUCCGAUCAAGGGCUCCGAUAUGCCCAAGGCGGUGCUUGAACGAGACGACGAGGUCUAUGAUGUUUUAGUAAUGUUCUGUAAACAGCUCUCAAAGUCUUCAGGGAUCAUUAUCAACACGUUUGAUGCUUUAGAGAACAGAGCCAUCAAGGCCAUAGCAGAGGAGCUCUGUUUUCGGGAUAUUUAUCCAAUAGGACCGCUCAUUGUUCAAGGAAGAACCGGAGAUAACCAUGGAAACAACGGAGAUUCUUGUCUGACUUGGCUCGAUUCGCAGCCGGAACAGAGUGUUGUGUUCCUCUGUUUCGGGAGUUUGGGUUUGUUUUCAGGAGAACAGCUAAAAGAGAUUGCUAUUGGUUUAGAAAAGAGUGGACAUAGAUUCUUGUGGGUGGUUCGUAAUCCACCAGAGUUACAAAACCAGACAGAACCGGACUUGAAAUCUCUCUUACCCGAAGGAUUCUUAAACCGAACCGAAAACAGAGGAAUGGUCGUCAAAUCAUGGGCUCCGCAAGUUCCGGUUCUGAAUCAUAAGGCCAUUGGCGGAUUCGUCACCCAUUGCGGUUGGAAUUCAAUUCUCGAAUCCGUCUGCGCAGGCGUACCAAUGGUUGCAUGGCCGUUGUACGCUGAGCAAAGGUUUAACAGAGUGGUGAUUGUGGAGGAGAUCAAGAUUGCGAUCCCGAUGAAUGAAUCGGAGACGGGUUUCGUGAGCUCAAUUGAGGUGGAGAAACGAGUCCAAGAGAUAAUGGAGGAUGGUCCGGUUAGGGAGAGAACCAAGGCUAUGAAGAACACAGCCGAAUCAGCCUUGAAAGAAACCGGUUCGUCUCAGACAGCAUUGACUACUUUACUCCAGUCGUGGAGCACAAAAUGAUCUUUCAAAUCAAGUCUUGGGAAUCAAGGAAUCUACUAUGAGUAUUUAAUUAAGUUUGACAAACAAAAGAUUUGUUAUUGCUUUGUGACUUGUGAUUAGUGAUUUUCCAUGGACAUCUUUGUGGACCUAGAAUUUUAUUUUACCGGACUCGUAUUCUAAAUUAAAAAUUACAAAAUUCUAAGUA